UGCAGCACAAACUGUCAAAUCAAAAAGUUUUAAUUUUUUCUCCUUCGCCAUCCGAGGAGAUUGAACGAGAUAGGAAGGAAUUACUUUUGCCACCUACUCAAUCGUGGAAAGGUCGCGAUGGCUUCGCUAAUCCUGGUAAACGGCAUCAACCUUGCCAAGCAGCAGACCGGAGCACUUGGAAUCGUCUGUCUGAAGACCAAUUACAGCACGGAUGAACCACGCAAACUUAAAAGCACUAAUUUAGCUACGCUGAAACGUGGUACUGGUGGUCGGUCCAGUUUCAAUGGUAUCGUUGCGACCGUGUUCGGCAGUACUGGAUUUUUAGGACGCUAUGUGUGUAACAAGCUCGGAAAAAUUGGGUCCCAGGUGAUCAUCCCAUACCGCGGUGACCAUUAUGAUGCGUUGCGUCUUAAGCUUGUCGGGGAUUUGGGCCAGGUACUAUUCCAUCCGUACCAUCUUUGCGACGAAGAAUCGAUUCACAAAGCGGUCAAGUAUUCGAAUGUCGUGAUUAAUCUAGUUGGUCGCGAUUGGGAGACGAAGAAUUUCACCUUCCAGGACGUUCAUGUGGAUGGAGCCCGCCGAAUAGCUCGUAUCGCCAAGCAAGCUGGCGUAGAGAAAUUCAUUCAUUUGUCUAGCAUGAAUGCCACUGCUAGUCCCGCCCCAAUUUUGAAAAAGGAUGGCAGCAAAUUUCUCAAAUCGAAAUACUACGGAGAACUAGCGGUACGUGAAGAGUUUCCGGAGGCCAUCAUUUUCCGACCGUCGGAUAUCUAUGGUCAAGAGGAUCGUUUCUUGCGCUACUACUCGCACAUUUGGCGCAGACAAUUCCGUGCCAUGCCGCUUUGGUAUAAGGGUGAGCGAACUAUCAAACAACCGGUCUUCUGUUCAGACGUUGCGCAAGGCAUCAUCAAUGCGAUCAAAGAUCCGGACACCCAGGGCAAAACCUACCAAGCGGUCGGUCCACGCCGAUACAAGCUAAGCGACCUGGUCGACUGGUUCCACCGGGAGAUGCGUAAGGACCAAGACUGGUGGGGCUACCGGCGCUAUGAUCUACGAUACGAUCCGACAUUUAUGAUGAGGGUCCGUCUAACAGAAUUCAUCUGUCCGUCAUUCCCCGUCGGCGAACUGCACACCGAACGAGUGGAGCGCGAGUACGUGACUGACGAUGUCGAGAAGGGGGUUCCAACGCUAGAAGAUUUAGGCGUCAAUCUGACGCUGAUGGAGGACCAGGUUCCAUGGGAGUUGAGACCGUAUCGAGCUGCCCUUUACUACGAUGCUGAGUUGGGCGAGUUUGAGAAACCGAUACCGCCCCCGUUCAUUCACUAAGGAGAGGGGUGCUAUUGGGACUAUUCAGCGUUUACAUUUGAAAUCUAUCAGAAUAAAUCCGUAAAACUUGUUUAACA